UCCGACGAGUAUGGUUGAAGAGUGAAGACAGGCAGCAUUGAAGAGCCAAGAACAGAGUCAGAAAUUUGUUUGUCCUCUUCAAUCGCUAGAUUAUUCGAGGAACACGUCUGAAGAUCGGCCUAAGUUCACCACGAUUCCACGUUGGCCCAUUGUCUUUGGGCCUUCAACUCCAAAUGAUCCUUAAUUCUUUCGGGUUUCUGUUUGUGUCAUUUUUACGAUAUUGUGCUUGACAAACGGCUGCAGGAGCUAGGAAUUGGGUUAAUGUACAAAUUUGUUUUAGUGAAAUGUAUACGUAGAAGUUUGAGCACUGACACUAGUACAAAAGCUUUACUUCUUGAUGCGAAUAAAUAUUUGAGUGAAUUGUUGAAACUGGGUAAAAUUGAUGAAGCUAGAAAAGUGUUUGAUGGAAUGCCUAAGCGAGACGAGUUUACGUGGAAUACGAUGGUGGCUGGGUAUGCGGAUUCAGGGAGGAUUGUCGAAGCUAGAAAACUGUUGGACGAGACUCCCAAAAAGAGUGCAAUUACUUGGUCAUCAAUUGUUUCAGGGUACUGCAAAAUGGGUUGUGAAAUUGAAAGUUUACAGUUGUUUUAUGAAAUGCAGCAUGAGGGGUAUAAGCCCACUCAGUUCACUUUGGGAAGUGUACUUAGGCUGUGCUCCAUAAAGGGUCUGCUCUCAAGAGGUGAACAGAUUCAUGCUUAUGCCGUCAAGACUUGUUUUGAUAAGGAUGUUUUUGUUGUUACUGGUCUCAUCGAUGUGUAUACGAAGUGUUUGCGCAUUUUGGAAGCAGAAGAUCUCUUUCACAGCAUGUCUAAUGGGAAAAAUCAUGUUACUUGGACUGCAAUGAUUAAUGGAUAUUCCCGAAAUGGUGAUGCUGUUGGAGCAAUUCAGUGCUUUGGGAGCAUGCGGGCAGAAGGGGUUGAGGCUAACCAGUAUACAUUUCCAGGUGUAUUGUCGGCUUGUGCGGCUGUUUCUGCUCUUGCAUUAGGGUCACAGGUGCAUGGUUGUAUUGUUCGUGGUGGUUUUGGAGCUAAUGUUUUUGUUCAAAGUGCAUUGGUUGAUAUGUAUACAAAAUGUGGGGACCUGGGUAGUGCUUGGAAAGUGGUCCAGUGGAUGGAGGUUGACGAUGUGAUUUCUUGGAAUGCCAUGAUUGUUGGGUGUGUGAGACAGGGUUUUCCAGAGCAAGCAUUAUCUUUGUUUAAAAUGAUGCAUGAAAAACAUAUGGAACUUGAUGAAUUUACAUACCCCUCUGUCCUAAACUCUCUUGCUUCCACAAAUGGUAUGACUCACGGUACGAAUGUCCACUCUUUGGUUAUUAAAUCUGGAUUUGAGGGUUAUACACUUGUGAGUAAUGCUCUUAUUGAUAUGUAUGCUAAACAAAAUAGCUUGGAGUUUGCAUUUAGAUUGUUUGAUUUUCUGGUGGAGAAGGAUGUCAUCUCCUGGACAUCCCUCAUCACUGGUUGUGCUCACUGCGGCUGCCAUGAAGAAGCUCUUAAAUUGUUUUGUAAAAUGCGGAGGAAUGGAACAGACCCCGAUCACAUCGUUGUCUCCAGUGCUUUGAGUUCCUGUGCUGAGUUGGCGUUGUUAGAUUUAGGGCAACAAGUUCAUGCAAAUUCCAUUAAAUCUGGGCUUGACUCAUCCUUAUCCGUUGAUAAUUCCCUUGUGUCACUGUAUGCACAUUGUGGGUGCUUGGAAAAUGCCGAAAAAGUUUUUAAAUCCAUGGAAAUACGGAGUGUGAUCUCUUGGACUGCUUUAAUUGUUGGUUAUGCCCAAAAUGGUGAAGGAAUAAAGUCACUUCAAUUUUAUGACGAAAUGAUAGCUUCUGGUGUAAAACCCGACUUCAUAACUUUUAUAGGAUUGCUAUUUGCUUGCAGCCACACAGGUCUCACUGAACGUGGUCGCCACUACUUUGAGUCCAUGAUCCAAGAUUAUGCUAUAACACCUGGUCCUGAUCAUUACGCUUGUAUGAUUGAUCUUUUGGGUAGAGCUGGGAAAAUUCAAGAGGCUGAGGAGUUGUUGAAUAAGAUGGAGGUUGUGCCUGAUGCAUUUGUGUGGAAAGCAUUGCUUGCUGCAUGCAGAAUACAUGGGAAUGUUGAUCUGGCAAAGAAAGCUGCAACGGCCCUCUUUGAAUUGGACCCUCAAGAUUCUGUCCCCUAUGUGAUAUUAUCAAAUAUUUAUUCUGCAACUGGGAAGUGGGAGGAAGCUGCUUCAGUUAGAAGAUUGAUGAAAUCAAGAGGAGUUGGCAAGGAACCUGGACGUAGUUGGAUAGAAAUGAAUGGCAAAGUUCACACAUUCAUGUCCGAAGAUAGGAGUCAUACAGAAACGGAAGAAAUUUACUCUAAAGUUGAUGAAAUGAUAAUGUUGAUAAAGGCAGCUGGAUACGUUCCCGACAUGAAUUUUGCUCUUCAUGAUGUCAGUGAAGAGGCUAAGGUACAUGGUCUUGCCUAUCACAGUGAGAAGUUGGCUGUGGCUUUUGGGCUCCUUCACCUGCCAGUAGGAGCUCCUAUUCGGAUAUAUAAGAACAUACGGGUCUGUGGUGAUUGCCAUACUGCAAUGAAAUUCAUAUCACGCGUCUAUAAUCGCCAUAUUAUUCUAAGGGAUUCAAAUCGAUUUCAUCAUUUCAAGGAAGGAACAUGUUCCUGUGCAGACUACUGGUAGAAGUAUAGUGGAUUUCACAUUUGUAGUUGUGAUUGCCCGAGCCUCGUGAGAAUAAGCCUAAUUUGGACUUCAAUUUUCUCAAGAGAUGUCUUCAGUUGAUGAGCUAUUUUAGAGAUUUUUACCAAGUUGGGUUUGAUGUAGUCUUAACUAAAGAUGAUGAGAGAUUAAAGAGGGACAUGUUACUGACAGAUGAAUAUCAGACUGCAGAAAUCCAAAAUUUUUGUUACCGAGUGACUGCGAUCUCACAGCAACAACAUUGGGGGCAGUGCUGAAACCAUAUCUUGUUUAAUUUAAUUCCAUAGGACUAUUGAGAUCAAAAAAUUUUUACGCACAAAUGAAGCACCCCAACAAGUAGUAAUCAGACAGAACAAGGAAGAUCAGAGAAAGCAUGCAUGCCUCCGUAGGAUACUCAUUUUCUACUAGGAAAAGUAAGGAACAUACAAGAAUUAUGUACCUAAAUUAUCUCAACAACCUCCAGUUUGAGCCUCCAUGGGCCAUAUGGACACUUGCAAACUGGACAUACAUCUAAGAUCUAUAUAUCUGCAGAGCAUAUACAACAAACAAUUGAAACUAUGUUUG